AUGGCGCCAGGUCUCAUGUCAUCAGAAGCCAAAGAUGUCUUCAAUGCACAGGCGGUCGAGGCAAAAUCGGUCGCCGUAGCCGAUGGUGGUGCCAAAGAAGGAAUCGGAGGCGGAAAGACGUUCGAGGGACAAUCCAAGCUCCCUCACCUUCCCAUCCCUACGCUCGAAGACACAUGUAAACGCUACCUCUCUAGUCUGGAAGCGCUUCAGUCCGCCGAACAGCACGCCACCACCAAGUGGGUCGUCGAGGAUUUCCUCAAGAACGAUGGUCCCGUCAUCCAGAAACAGCUUCAGGAAUACGCAAGUACACGAGCCAGCUACAUCGAGGAGUUCUGGGACGAGAGCUACUUGCAAGCUUCCGAUUCCGUCGUGCUCAACCUCAACCCCUUUUUCAUCUUGGAAGACGACCCUACACCUACACGCGGCAACCAGCUGAUGAGGACCGCUAACCUCAUCCUCGCCAGCUUGGCGUUCAUCCAUGAUCUCCGAACGGGCGUGCUCGAACCGGACAGUGUCAGGGGUACGCCGUUGGACAUGUUCCAGUACAUGCGUCUAUUCUCCACCUCCCGUAUUCCCACGGCCAACGGGUGCAGGAUGGAGACCGCGCCCGAGUCGCGUCACAUAGUCGUGAUGCGCAGAGGUCAGAUCUACUGGUUCGAGGCGCUCGACGAGGAACACCGUCCGCUGCUCACAGAACGUGCCAUGCUUGGAAAUCUGCAGGCCAUCAUACGCGACGCCGACCAGACCAAGCUCGAAGACGUUGCCAAGGGUAGCGUCGGCAUCCUCACCACCGAAAAGCGUCCCAUCUGGUCCAUGUACCGCGAGCACCUGCGUGAGGACUCGCACAACCGCAAGUGCCUCGAGGUCGUCGACAGCGCCCUUUUUGUCGUCUGCAUGGACGAUUCCGAGCCAGCCGACGCAGCAGAGCUCAGCAACAACAUGCUCUGCGGUACCUACAGGCUCCAACGCGGCAUCCAGACCGGUACCUGCACCAACCGAUGGUACGACAAGCUCCAGAUCAUCGUCUGUGCCAACGGUACAGCAGGCAUCAACUUCGAACACACGGGCGUGGACGGUCACACUGUACUGCGUUACGCUGCGGAUGUGUACACCGAGCUCAUCAUGAGAUUCGCCAAGUCCAUCAACUCUGCCACCAAGAGCUUGUUCAAGGCCAAGACCAGUCCAUUCGCCAAGGGCGCCGGCAAGAAGGCCAACGGAACCACGAGCGAAGUGGACGCUCAGCGAGCGCAGGACGUCGACCAGGCUACCGCUCCCAAGAAGCUCGAAUGGAAUUUGACCGCCAAGCUGGCCGAUGGUAUUCGAUAUGGAGAGACUCGAUUGUCGGAUCUCAUCUGUCAGAACGAAUGUCAAGUGCUCGAGUUUGACAAGUACGGCAAGAACUUCAUCACCCGGCAUCGAUUUUCGCCCGAUGCGUUUGUGCAGAUGGCCUUCCAGGCGGCUUACUACACGCUGUACGGACGGUGCGAGACGACCUACGAGCCGGCCAUGACCAAAGCCUUUUUGCACGGACGCACAGAGGCGAUCCGAACGGUGCAGCCGCACUCUGCCAGCUUUGUCGAGACGUACAUCUCGAGCGAGGCCAAGGUCGAAGCCAAGAUCGAGGCGUUGCGCAAGGCAUGCGAUGGUCACUCUAAGCUGAGCCGCGCAUGCGCUGGUGGCCAGGGACACGAUCGACACUUGUACGCGCUGCACAAUCUGUGGAAGAGGAAUGCUUCGUCGUCUUCCUCCUCGACGCCGCCCAAGAUCUUCACCGAUGCGGGGUAUGCGAAGCUGAACCACACCGUCGUAUCCACAUCCAAUUGCGGUAACCCUGCACUGCGAAUGUUCGGUUUCGGUCCCGUUGUUCCUGACGGUUUCGGUAUCGGAUACAUUAUCAAGGACGACGGUAUCACCGUAUGCGCCUCUUCCAAGCAUCUGCAGACCAAACGGUUCCUAGACACACUCGAGGCGUACCUCCUCCAAACUCAGGGUAUGAUCAUCGAGCUGUACAAGGCGGCCAACGUCCGUUCCAGAUCUACGUACAUCGACCAUGCCGGUGUAGAGUGCGAUGUGAGGACCGGCCUGCCCAUCGGCAGCAAGAGCAACGGCUACAGCCAGGACUACGAGACCGGUGCAGCAAGCAACAACCAGAUCGGUCAGAGCGGCUACUCCUUCUGGGGCGACGAGAACAAGGCCACCGCCGCUGCAAUGGAGGAAGAGCAGCGCGAGGAGGGUGGUGCUAGGAGAAAGAGGAUCGCGAGCGUCGGAAAGACGAUCUUGUACGACGAGUAUAAUUGA